AGGAGAAGGAGGAGGAGGAGGAGAAGAAGGAGGACGUGUCCACACCUUCACACUGCUCCCUGUGUACCAGACAGUUGCAGCAAGGGAAACAUUUCAUUCCUCCUGCCUGCCAGUGACUGCACAUACUAUAGUCAGAGAUCUCCAACCUGAGACAGCGACCCAACUGAGAUGAGCCAGGGGACAGCCGGGGACUAGACUGGAAGGGUCAGCUGGGAACAGAGUAAGCAGAUUGGAGACAGUGACUGAAAGAAGAGGACACACAAGGCGAAAGAGUGAGAAGGUUUAUCAUAGGGACAAGAGGGUCCUGUGGAAGGGACCAUGUUACAGUAGAUAAGGGGUCAUUGGUAGAAAGGUAAAGGUUCACAGCUCCUGAUAACAGCUCAGUUGAGGUUAGUUGGACGGGGUUAGCUCUAAGCCGUGACGGAGGAAAGUCAGACAGGUGGGGGCGACAGUGAUAGAAGAGACCGUUAGAGGAGGUGAAUGGUAGAAAUAAAUCGCCCACUCAAGACGUAAGGAGAAUUCCAGGCCUGUGUCCUAUCCCAGCCACCACCACCACCACCACCUCCACCAACUGUGGAGAUGUCUGCCAUUGUGGAGACAGUGGGAUUUUUCUUCGGGGUGACCGGCUCCGUCAUGUUGGGCAUCACCCUCUUCAACGCCAACUGGCGCGUUUCCUCCGUCGACGGGAACGUCAUCACGACAUCCACGUUGUUCGAAAACCUGUGGAUGAGCUGCGCCACCGACUCCACCGGAGUGUACAACUGUCGAGAUUUCCAGUCCUUGCUGGCACUGUCAGGUUACCUGCAAGCUUCCCGGGCCCUGAUGAUUUCCUCGCUGGUGUUUGGACUUUUCGCAUGCCUCAGUGGGAUGAUCGGGCUACAGUGUACCAAGGUGGCUGAGGGGAAUGAAGCGCUGAAGGGGAAAUUUGCCACGGUUGCUGGAGCGUUGUCGGUGUUUUCAGGACUCUGCGCCGGAAUUUCCGUCUCCUGGUACGCAUUCAACAUCACCCAGGAGUUCUUCAAUCCCUAUUACCCCGGAACCAAAUAUGAGAUUGGGCCGGCGCUUUACCUCGGCUGGUCGGGGUCCCUACUGGAUAUCGUUGGAGGGGGGCUGAUGUGCUGCUCCUACAAGCAGGUGACGAAGGCUAAAAGUAAGUACACCUAUAAUUAUCGGUCAACGAAUUCGGUGUCUGCUGCUAAGCCAGCGCCUCAAACUGCUCUCCCGCGCUAUGAAUCCAGCAACAGUAUCUCAAAAUAUGGCAAGAAUGCAUAUGUAUAGGACUAUACACUGAUGAAGACUGUGCAACACAAAGUGCGUUCCGGCCGCAGCGCCUCUUCGCACGGCCUCCAUCCAUAUCAAGCUUCUGUCUUCCGUUUUCAACAAUGGUCCAUCAGCAUUUUCAUUCCCCAGGCCUUGGUGCGUUGCUGCACCAUCCAAACACUGGACAUCAGAGAGUAAUAUAUUGGGUUUUAUUUUUCAUGGAAAUAUUGAUCUUUUGGUGUUGGCAAAUUAAUUUUGGGCUUUUACAGGAAAUCGCUUGUAUGUACCUUUAACCUAAAGUCUGUAAUGUCCAAAGACGGUUGAUCCAGGCCGGCUUGAGUGCUACAAGUUAUUAAAAACAAGACUUCAUAUGAAAGGUCCAAUUUCAAGGACCUUCUCCAACUUGCUCAGUUUCAAUAAGAAGACUUCAUAUGAAAGGUCCAACUUCGAGGACCUUCUCCAACUUGCUCAGUUUCAAUAAGAAGACUUCAUAUGAAAGGUCCAACUUCGAGGACCUUCUCCAACUUGCUCAGUUUCAAAAAGAAGGCUUCAUAUGAAAGGUCCAACUUCAAGGACCUUCUCCAACUUGCUCAGUUUCAAAAAGAAGACUUCAUAUGAAAGGUCCAACUUCGAGGACCUUCUCCAACUUGCUCAGUUUCAAAAAGAAGACUUCAUAUGAAAGGUCCAACUUCGAGGACCUUCUCCAACUUGCUCAGUUUCAAAGAGAAGACUUCAUAUGAAAGGUCCAACUUCGAGGACAUUUGGCAACUUGCUCCGUUUCCACCUACAAUGUUUUAUACCUACAAUUUCUGCUGAAGAAAUAUUCUUUUAAGAUUUACUAAACACUAUUUUUUUAAUGUAUUAAAAAAAAAAUACUUUGUAUUCUGUGAAUUUGAUUAUGCUGUUGCAGCUUUUUCAGAGUCCAAGUCUAUGGGGUCCGUUAUCGAAGGAUAUACUGUAGGAUUCCGCCAUUGUUAGUGCGGCGAUUCCGCUGGAAAGACAUUUAUAUACCGGAAAGAAUCGUGACAGUGGCGGAUUUCUGUAAUGAGUUUAAGAGACUUGUUGGAACGCUUAUAGAAAUAAAGACAACCGAUGACUUGUGGUAAUGACCUAGCUCUCCUCUCAGGAACGACGUGCAAUUUGUUCCAUGGCGGCUUUCGCCAAUACCGGGAUGAGCGGAAACAUCAUUUCCACGAGCAACAUCAUAAAUUCCUAAACUGUAUUAGAUUGUGAGCUUUUUUUCUUUUUUGCAUUGUCUAUUUUUGUAAAAACCUGUCUUAAUUGUUGUCGAUAAUUAUUCCAAGUAUUAACAGUUGAAUGCAAUCUGAAAAAUUAAACUAUUGUUUGAUAUCA